CCCAUGGGUAGUAUUUUCAGAUUAUAUAUUAUUAAUUGUUUCUCAUUUAUAAAAUACAUCAGGCGGUAUAUCCUCUUUCACCCAGAUUUGAAUUCUUUGCGCCUGUGCCAGAGAUUGGCAAGACGCGCUUUAGGAAUCUGACACGGCAACGCUUUAAGCAUUUAUCCGCUGAUCCCCAUGCAAAAGCCAACCGCUGCCAAUAAACCGACUUACUCGAAUAGAAUUCGGGUGGCAACUGAAUUAUAAUUAUAAACAUAAAUAGUAGAGUGGCGAGCCAUAGACGCUGUUAACAUGGGAAGUUAUACUCCUGAGACUAUUGGCCUUAGCUGCUUGGGUUACCAGAUUCAGCGUCUCGCUAAAUGCAACCCCCGGAUUUUGGCAAGUCCGGGGCGGCCUCGACCAAUGUAGUUGCGAAAUCCUCUUUGAGACUACAACUAUCAUUCCCGCGACGACGACAAGAGGCGCAUACUCCCUAUUGCUUGGAGGCAGUUGCUAUAUUAGCCUCUGAAUGGAUGGACUCAUGGGACGGACCAUAGAGAGCCCGCUGUCUAUUAGGUCAAGCUUCGAGGGCGCGCGCCUUCAAGCUCAGAAGGCCAGCUAACAGAGAUCAUGAUGACCCGGCGAUAUGUGCGCGCUAUUAUCCAGCUCUCGACAGCAACGGUAAUCGGUAUAAUACUCCUCUUCCUCCUGGACAGCCGAUUCCGCGUCCUUCCCGCCUCGGUCCACACCCUCCUCCCUGCCCACCACGCUGGGCUGGUGAUCACAGAUGUCACCGUCAAGACGUGCUCUACCGUUAACCUCUUCACGAGCUGCAAAUCACCGGGCGAAACAUGGCACCGUAUCGAAAAGGACUUGUACUUGGGUACCGCCUGGGUGAACAGCGGAUAUGUCUUCGUGGAGAGGAAGAAGGAGGAAGACUUGCUACCGGAUGAUAAGAUUGUGGUUGAUCUAGCUGUCAGUCGUCUAGUGCCGGCAAAUGGGGCUAAAGACGAGGCCGGUGGACAAUGGGAGUCCAGGCCGGCGGGAAUCUGGAUAAAGCGUAGUGGGCGACGACACGCAAGCGAUUCAAAUCAUGCGGUAACAAGCGUGGACAUCCUUUUCGGCCCUGACGCAGUGGAACCGCGGAAAGGCUGGGAGAUCAAGGACAUGGCACUCCUACUGGAUAGUGGCGUCGAGAAACACGGGGCGCGAAUAAGCAUACGACGCGGCAAGCCAGCUCCGAUUAGAAAAACUGUUCCGCGAAUUAACGACAACGGGAAGUUCAAGAUCUUGCAGGUUGCAGACUUGCAUCUGAGCACAGGCGUCGGCGAAUGCCGCGAUGCCUUCCCGGAGAAUGGGGGACCCUGUGAGGCGGACACUCGAACCCUCGAGUUUAUUGGAAAGAUCCUCGACAAUGAGAAGCCUGACCUGGUCGUUCUCAGCGGCGACCAGGUUAAUGGUGACACAGCGCCCGACGCUCAAACCGCAAUCUUCAAGUUUGCCGAGCUCUUCAUCAAGCGCAAGAUCCCAUACGCAACUAUCUUCGGGAACCACGACGACGAGAAGACACUCAGUCGUUCCGGGCAGAUGGAACUCAUCGAAUCGCUACCCUAUUCCAUUUCUGAGGCGGGGCCCGAGGAAAUUUCUGGGGUGGGAAAUUAUUAUGUUGAAGUUCUUGCGCGAGGCUCUUCGAAGCACUCGGCGCUCACAUUAUACUUACUAGAUACGCAUGCCUAUACGCCGGACGAGCGAAAUUACGAAGGCUACGACUGGUUGAAGCAGAACCAGAUCGAUUGGUUUAAAUCGACGGCCCAGGGACUGAAGAAGGCACAUCGGGAGUAUACGAAAGUGCAUAUGGAUCUCGCCUUCAUCCAUAUCCCAUUGCCAGAAUAUGUCACCCCGAACAUGACGGUUGUAGGUGGAGUUUUGGAGUACGUCACGGCGCCAAAAUUCAACUCCGGAUUCGGAGAUGCUCUCGUAGAAGAAGGGAUUCUGAUGGUUAGCUGCGGACAUGACCACGCAAACGACUACUGCGGGUUAGCCAUGCAGAAAGAGCGUCCAGCGCUCUGGAUGUGCUACGGUGGCGGUUCUGGAUUCGGUGGCUAUGGAGGCUAUGGCGGAUACCAUCGGCGUGUACGAUUAUUCGAUAUUGACAUGAAUGAGGCGCGGAUUACAACGUACAAGCGCCUUGAGUACGGAGAGACGGAGAAGAGGAUUGAUGAGCAGAUCAUCGUUGAAGGGGGGAAGGUGGUUAAGCCCGUACCACGGGAUUAGUUGGAAUCGUGGGUAUCUAUAGUAUUGGCAGGGACGGUUUUUGGCGCUUGGGCAACAUGGAAAGAUUACGAGUGACGAUUUGCUUGGAUUUGUGUAGGCAUAUUGUAUGUUCAGGAAUUGAUACCACUAAGUUACGCGUCAUAUUUUGGGUUGUGGGAAUCGCACUGCUGUGGCCAAGGAGACGGUAUGGCCGGAUAGCUUGAAUUAUGAGGAGCACCAAAAGUAUAUUCUUUCUGUUUGUUCCCCGACCAAAGGGAACACACCAGUCGCUGUUUCUCGCUUUCUCAAAUGGGCCAGCCAAGUGAGAAAAAAGCAAAAAAGAAAUAUCCGAAUCGGAUAGUAAUCAUGUGACCUACGCAGGGAUCGAACCUGCAAUCUCUUGAUUCGUAGUCAAGCGCCUUGCCAUUGGGCCAGCAGGCCAGUUUGAUUGGGAUGACUUAGGCAAACUUUAAUUAUGAGUGUCUCACAUUCUAG